AGGACUAUUUAAGGACGAGGCUCUGCCCUGUUCUUGUUCUUCUUCUUCUUCAUCAUCUUUAUCUGCUUCUUCUGCUACAACUCUCUCUACCAUCAUGAAGGAAUCUAACGUCGACGUCCUCAUCAUCGGCGCCGGGCCUGCUGGUCUUAUGGCCGCCAACUGGUUCGCUCGUACCGGUACAAACUACCGCAUCGUCGACAAACGCAGCUCCAAGAUCUUUGCCGGUCAGGCUGAUGGCUUGCAAUGCCGCACCCUCGAAGUCUUUCAAUCGUUUGGCUUCGGCGACCGCGCUCUCAAAGAAGCAAACCACAUGCUCGAAAUCUCCUUCUGGGAGCCCGACGGAAAAGGCGGCCUCUACCGCUCUGCCCGUCUGCCCGAUUCCAUCCCCGGCAUCUCGCGCUUCCAACAAGUCGUCUUACACCAAGGCCGCAUCGAGUCCUGGUUCCUCGACGCCAUCCGCAAGUGGUCUGGCGGCAAGGCUAAAGUCGAGCGCCCCGUCCUGCCCGUGCGGCUCGAGGUCGACGAGUCCAAAGUCGAAGACCCGGACGCCUACCCGAUCUCGGUCCUGCUCAAGACGCUGGACGAGAACGAAGGCACGCCCGAGCAGUUUGGCGCAAAGAUCGCAAACGGCCUCUUCCGCUCGUUUGAAGGCGACCAGGAAAAGUACUACAAGGAUGCAAAGAACCUCGCGAACGACGACUCGCUCGAGCUCGUGCACGCAAAGUACGUCAUGGGCUGCGACGGCGCGCACUCGUGGGUGCGCAGACAGAUGGGCGUCGAGAUGGAGGGCGAGUCUACUGAUUACGUCUGGGGCGUGCUCGACUCUGUGCCCAUCACCGAUUUCCCCGACAUCCGCAACCGCUGCGCGAUCCACUCCGCCGACAGCGGCAGUAUCAUGGUCAUCCCUCGCGAGCAGGGCCUCGUGCGUCUCUACAUCCAGCUGCGCGAGACACCGCGCGACCCUGCAACAAAGACCGAGUCUGAGAUGGGCAAGAACGAGCAAAAGGCGAUUGAAAAAGGUCGCGUGGAUCGUUCAAAGAUCACGCCGGAGGUGAUUCUCGACAACGCGCGCAAGAUCCUGAGUCCCUACAAGCUCGACAUCACCGACAUCAAGUGGUACACGGCCUACCAGAUUGGCCAGCGCGUGGCGCCCAAGUUUGAAAAGUUUGAGCGCAUCUUUAUCUCUGGCGACGCGUGCCACACGCACUCGCCCAAGGCGGGCCAGGGCAUGAACGUGUCGAUGAUGGACACGUUCAACCUGGCGUGGAAGAUUGCGUACGUCGCCAAGGGCCUUGCUUCCCGCGAGAUCUUGAAGACGUACGAGUCUGAGCGACUUGGAGUUGCGCAGGCGCUCAUUGCGUUUGACCACAAGUUCUCGCGGCUGUUUUCGGGCAAGCCUGCGCUUCCGGGCGCGAUCGGCAACGACGGCGACGGCAUCUCGCUCGACGAGUUCCACUCGUUUUUCGCAAAGGGCAAUGAGUUUGCGUCGGGUACGAUUGUUGACUACGACGACUCGGUGCUGAUUGACAAGUCAGCGGGGAAAGCGGUAGCGCAGGAGAUCGACAAAGACGUUGUGCUGACGAUUUCGCCGCUGGCGAAGAAUAUCUCUAUUGGACGCCGGUUCGACACCGCAAAGGUGAUUAACCAGUCCGAUGCGCGGCCGUGGUAUCUUACCGACUGCAUGCUGUCGGAUGGACGCUGGCGGAUUGUGAACUUUGCGGGCGACUUCAAGCAGGUUCCCGAGCUGAGCAAGAAGCUGAACUGGCUGGGCGAGUACCUAGCGGGCGAGUCGAGCUUUAUCAAGAAGUACACGCCGCCGGGGGCGAAGGUGGACUCUGUGAUUGAGGUGCUGACGGUGCACGCGUCGAAGCGGGUGGAGACGGAAUGGGACGACUUCCCGCUUGCGUUCCGGCCGCGGGACUGCGCGGGGCGGAUGGACUACUGGAAGAUCUACGUGGACGACGACUCGUUCCACGAGGGCCACGGGCACGCGUACGAGAAGUACGGGAUCGACCGGGAGGUGGGAGCGUAUGUGGUUGUGCGUCCAGAUGGGUAUGUGUCGAUGGUGGAGCCGCUGGGCGAGGAGGGGAUUGAGAAGAUUGCAGGGUUUUUUGGAGGGUUUAUGAUUGAGCAGAAGGUGCCGCCGCGCACGAUGUUUGAGGAGAUUGAGACGUACGGAGCGGAUAGUUACGGGCGGCCUGUGUUGGGUAUGUAGUGCAUUGAUAGUGAGUAGUGAGUAGUGAAUGUGAGUAUAGUAUUAGUAACUAGUAGUAGAAGUAGUAGAAGUAGUAGAAGUAGUAGAAGUAGAAGCAGAAGCAGAGCAGAAGCAGA